GUAAACACGAACACAUGGUAUAAACUUCCGGUAGAGUGAGGACCAGAGAGGUGUAGGAUUUAGAAUUUAGAUCUAGAUCUAGACUCUAUUUAUCUUUUCUUCUAAUUUCUAUAGAGAAUGGUUAAAAUAAGAUCAAAAAGCAAGAGGCAAUCAACUAAGCACCGUGUUAAAGUGGAGAGAAAGGUGAGAGAACACAACAAGAAAAAAAGGAGAGAAGAGAGAAAAAAUCCCAGAAAAGCAUCAAAGAAAGAUCCUGGGAUACCCAACAUUUUGCCUUUCAAAGAAGAAGUUUUAAAAGAAGCUCAAGCUUACAAACAGAAAAGAGAAGAGGAAAAAAUGAAACAAAAAGCUGCCAGAAAAAAGGCAAGAGAAAAACUUCAGAAUCAGAAGAGAAAUCUCACAGAUAUAAUCAAAGAUGCAGAGAAACGUCAAAAAGAUUAUGAUAAACAGAACAAGGGAGAGAAACAGGAAGAGUUACAGAGUGCUAAUAAAGUUUUAGAAAACUCAAGGAAAACUUUCUAUAAGGAAUUCAAAAAGGUCAUUGAUGCAGCAGAUGUGGUUUUAGAAGUGCUUGACGCCAGGGAUCCAUUAGGAAGCCGUUGUCUAGAGGUGGAAGAAGCGGUCAGGUUGGCACCAGGGAACAAAAAGCUGGUCUUGGUUCUCAAUAAAAUAGAUCUUGUACCUAAGGACAUCGUAGAAUCUUGGUUGAAAUAUUUAAGAAAAGAGCUUCCUGCCAUUGCUUUUAAAGCCUCAACGCAGCAACAGAGGGACAGGCUGACUCAGACAAAGGUAGACUACUCAAGCGCUAGUGAUGACCUUCUCAAAUCCAGUAAUUGUUUGGGUGCUGAUGUGCUUAUGAAACUUUUAAAAAAUUACUGCCGUACCACAGAAUUAGCCAUCAACGUUGGGGUUGUAGGUUUCCCCAACACUGGUAAAAGUAGUUUGAUCAACAGUUUGAAGAGAGCCAAGACUUGUGAAGUGGGAGCUAUCCCAGGAGUCACCAGGCAGAUGCAGUCUGUCCAUUUGGACAAGCACAUCAAAUUGCUGGACAGUCCUGGUGUAGUACUCAGUAACAGUUCCUCAGAUGUAGCUGCUGUUUUAAGAAAUGUUGUGAAACUUGAAGAUCUAGAUGAUCCAAUCCCAUGUGUGGAAGCCAUUUUAUCUCGGUGUCAGAAAAUGCAGAUGAUGUUGCACUACAAUAUCCCAGACUAUAAAGAUGUGAAUGAGUUCCUGAACUUGUUGGCUACAAGGAUGGGGAAGUUGAGGAAGGGAGGUAUCCCAGAUAUCACCAGGGCAGCUCGACACAUGCUUCAAGACUGGAACUUUGGGAAGAUCACUUACUACACUGUACCACCAGAACCAACCAAUGAAACAGCAAGUCACAUAGAGGCAAAGAUUGUUACAGAAUGGGGCAAAGAGUUCAACAUUGAUGACCUUUUAGCAGAUGAGUCCAAAAUGCUCAGCGGUCUAGGAACAAAAGAACAUUGUAUGCAGAUAGCAUCUGUUGGUCCUCUGAAAGCUGUCAUCAGGGAAGAGGACUUGGUAGAAGAAAAAGAAGAUAAUAAUGAUGAGAUGUCAGAUGAAGAUGUUUCUGGAGAUGAAGAGGAAAUGGAGGAGGAGGAUGACCAGACAGAGCUGAAAGGUGUCACAGUGACUGUUGGAGAGAGUAAAAAUAAAAAAGGCAAAGAGCAGACAACCCCAACCAAUGACAAAGUACGGCCCAGAGGACCUCCUCCCAAGAAACAGCUAGAAAGGUUUGGUGGGCUUACAACUAAGAAGGGUAAAAAGUUGGCAGAAAAGCGAGAGAAAAAGAAGAAGAAGAAAGCAGAUGCAGUUGCUGGGAAAUUGUCCAGUGCUUUAGAAUCUGCCUUUGGAGGACUUGGUGCAUCCGAUUACAGUUUUGAGCAAGACUUUUCUUGAUUCUAUGCUGAUUUUAAAAAAUGUUUAUGUGAAUAUAUAUAACUAGGUCAAUAAAUCCUUCUAAA